AUGUACAGAUCGGACAUUAAGAAUCAAUUCAAUGAAGGAAGGAGAAAUUUGGAUUCUUAUAUAUAUUGUAAAAUUUGGAUGAUAUUUAUAAUGUAUUUCAAGAAUUCACAUUGUAUACCGAAGGAUGUUAUUGAAUACGUUUAUGAAGCAGUGAAUGCUGUACACUCAAGUUUUCAUGGAAGUAAUAAUAUAAUUAAAUGCAUUUACAAAAAAAAGGAUAGUGCGGAUGAAGACAGAGCCUCUGUUAUAGGUAUAAUUAUAGAUUUAAUCAAGUCAAAGUUGAAGGAUAUAAUUGCAUCAUUUGAUAAUUUUCCAAGUGAAAAAGAAGAGUAUGAUAAGCGGAAAGAGGAAUAUAGGCAAAUAUAUAAAAAUUUAAUCACAAAGCAUUAUAGUAAUAAUAAUCAUGCAAGGAAUAAGGAGGAAAUGAAAUUUUUGGAUGAUGUGGAGAAUUUAGAAAAACAUAAUCGAUCGAAGGAUCUAAAGUGCAGGAUACUCAAGACUCCGUUGGAAGUAAGGAGGAGAAACCUGGGGAAAAGAAAACUGAACAACGAACUCUAUCGUCUUCCAUUUCCUCGUCGCCCACGACUACAACUAAACCUGAGGCUCCGAGACCACAAGCCGCCAAAACCGCCGCUACGAAGCCCGCUACUACAAAACCUGUUGUUAAAACUGACAAUCCGGACACUACUGAUAAUGGAGGAACCAAAGUUCAGAAGACAUCCAAGGAUGUAUCAGGAUCACAAGCGCCAUUCAUCAACAGUGGUCCCCCUGGUUCUCCUGGAAAAGAUGGUUCAAGUGAUACUGUUCCCGGUAAAGGAGAAGAUCCUAAGGGACAAGACCGUGGUGGCGACUUUUGUCCUGGACAAUAACCCUCUAAUGCUACUUCUGGUCUUACUGCUGGUCCUACUGCUGAUACUGGUAAAAGUACAACUGUCGAUAGUACCAAACCUGCUUCCACUUCCGAUGGUGUCGAUGCUACCGACAAAAGCGGGAAAGGCGUGGAUGUUGCUCCAGGUGUGGAUAUCCCUCCAAAUGUUGGUGGUGCCUCUGGUUUCCGUAAUACAAAAGAUGGUCCCAAAGGUCCCAGUCUUCCUGCUCCUGCUGAUGAUUCCAAGGGUGAGGCUGGUUCCCAAGUUCCGGGUGCUGGUGUUGGUGGUGGGAAAUGAGUUAAAGGUGUUGUUAAGGAACCUCACAGUGCAGGCCAUGGACAACCUGACACUUUUGGUAAAAGCGGACAAGGUGGACAACAUGCUACUGGAGAAGGUGCUGGUGCCGGUGAUCAGAGUAUGGCUGUUGGGGUCCCUGGUGAUAGUGGUCCCGGCGCUGUUCCCGGUGGACAACCUACUCAGGCUGAGGCAGAUGGUGGAGUUUGUGGCGCUGGUAAAGGUGGUUCUGAUGGUGGUAAGGCCGUCAACGCUGGUCCCAAGGUUUCUGCUGAAGGUAAUGCCCGAGGUAAUACUGUUGAACAGAAACCAGAGGAAAAUGGGAAAGUGCAGUCCAAUAAUCAAAGUGUUAUUGUGCAACCUGAUCCCCCUGCUGCUAAGAGUCAACCGAAUGGUGAUGGUCAGGUAA